AUGGAGGCGCUCGCAGAGACCCCGAAUACCUAUGAGAGGCUCGACCCAGCUAUUUCGUUUCUAUUACAACUUCCGUACGAACUCAAGCUCGAAAUCGUCGAGAUGUGCCUCUUUAUGUAUGGUCGGGCCGACUUUUCCGGCUAUGAGCACGAGGAGUCCACCGACAGACACGAUGAGAACUCAACAUUUCACUACUUCGAUACGUGGCGGGAUGUCGCCAAGCUCGCCGCUAUGUGCCAGCAUUUGUACGAAAUGAUCACGCCCAUAUUGUAUACGAAAGAUCGUAGAUACAACUAUUCCUCAGCUCUCCUUAGAUCCGCCAAGAAGGGCAGCGUUCGCGGUAUUCUGAAAUCCUUGGAGUAUGGCUCGUGGGUUGGCCAGCCGGACAUAACCGAGUUCCAGUACUUCUUCGCCUACGUUGGGUCAGACGGUUAUGCACUUGCACGGACACCCAUCAGCUCAGAUAUGACGUCUUUGCAUUGGGCAUCUUAUUACCGUCAGGAGCACGCCAUGGAAGUCCUCAUCCAAUAUGGCGCUGACCCCAACAGUCGCAUAAGCGUUGAUACCUACAGCAGAGACAAGAGAUUCAAGCCACUGCCAUAUUAUCAGGUUAUGAAAAUAUUAUGUUAUCAUAUGAGAUCAAUUUACCCAUUCCAAGACCGGGAGUGGCUGCUCACUAGACUGAAGCAAGGUGCCAACCCGCUCUAUUACGCCUUGAUCUACGGCGAUCCGUCACCACAUAGUCACAGACGUGCCCACGAAGGCGAUGCAGCACGAAACGAUUGCACUAGAGUCAAGGCUGCGAACAUUCUGCUGGAUGCGGGCGCAUCUCUUAUCACGCACAAAGGGCUGCGUAUGUAUGCCCUUCACCAAGCUUGUGGUUGUGGCGACUUUGAAAUGGCCCAAUUUCUCCUGGAAAACACCCCGUCGUAUCCCAGGGUCAAGGACCUACUAGGGAACACGCCGAUGCACUACCUCGCCAUGUGCUGUCCUCUGAUACCGGGCGUGGAUCUACGGCCCCUCAUCGAGUUGCUUAUACAGCAUGGAGCAAAGAUGAACGAGACGAACUAUGCGGGCUGUACACCUCUACAACUUUUUGACCGCGUGAAUCGCUAUCCUCUGUAUGGUAUGGCAACAGAGGGCCGCGGUUGGGGCUGCCGUAGCAGCAUGGACGCAAUCCUGGCACUCAUGGAGUUUGAUGCUCGUGUUUCCCCCGACUAUAUGCCUCAACUUCGCAACCUCCUCUACUAUAAUGGCAUGCCGAAUGAUGCAACUGUUCAGGCCCUCGCCAAGGUCGAAGAAAUGAGCAGAAAGGUGGAAACGACGCCAAAGUCCGACGUUGAGAUUAGCAAUGAAGAGGCCAGAAGAGUGUAUGUGCAUAUGAAUCUUCUCUGGAAUGGUGGUGAACACAGGCCGCAUGUCCCGAGGAGAAAUCGCCGAGCGUGGACUGCGCAGCAGUGGGUGUCAUGGUGGCAAUGA